GGCCGGGCCUUUGUGGAAGGGUGUGUUUCUGUGGUGGCCGAUACUGAAAGUGUGGGGAAGGUUUAGCUCUGGUAUUGGGUAACUUUUGGUAAUGUUAUUUUGCUACCAUUAGCUAAAAGUGGUACAUUUACGUAAUUAGGAGAAUAAAAAUUACAGAUUUGAAAGCGAAAAAAGUGACACCGUCACCUAGGGUUGUGUCAGCCUUCUUGUGCCUAUGAUGCCGACGCAGCGGGACAGUUCUAUGUCCCAUCCCGGAGACAAUCCCCACCAGGUCCGGGUAAAAGCCUACUAUAAAGGGGAUAUUAUGAUUACCCACUUUGACCCAUCAAUCACAUUUGAAGGUCUGUACAGUGAAGUUCGUGAUAUGUGCUGUUUUGACAAUGACCAGGUUUUCACGAUGAAAUGGAUUGAUGAAGAAGGUGAUCCAUGUACUGUAUCUUCUCAACUGGAAUUAGAGGAAGCUUUACGACUGUAUGAACUGAACAAAGACUCGGAGCUAAUUAUCCAUGUAUUUCCAUGUGUACCAGAAAAACCAGGCAUGCCAUGUCCGGGAGAAGACAAGUCAAUUUACCGCAGGGGAGCCCGACGCUGGAGAAAGUUGUACUGUGCAAAUGGACACACAUUCCAAGCAAAACGAUUUAAUCGGCGAGCACACUGUGCUAUUUGUACUGAUCGUAUCUGGGGUCUGGGACGUCAGGGCUACAAGUGCAUUAACUGCAAGCUUCUGGUUCACAAAAAAUGUCACAAGUUGGUCAGCAUUGAAUGCGGAAGGCAUGUUAUACCGGAACCUAUAAUGCCUGUACCUCCAGCUCAUCAUGAUCCACUUGAACCUGUUAUUCCUUAUAAAUCAAGUCAUGAACAUCUAGAUCAUGUUGGAGAAGAAAAAGAGGCUAUGAGCAGCAGAGAAAGUGGCAAAGCUCCUAGCAGUUUAGGGCUGGCUGAUUUUGACUUAAUUCGAGUUAUUGGUCGAGGCAGCUAUGCUAAGGUUUUAUUGGUACGACUGAAAAAAACUGAAAGAAUCUAUGCAAUGAAAGUGGUGAAAAAGGAACUGGUGAAUGAUGAUGAGGACAUUGACUGGGUUCAGACAGAAAAGCACGUCUUUGAGCAGGCAUCAAAUCACCCCUUCCUCGUGGGAUUGCAUUCCUGUUUCCAAACAGAGAGCAGGCUUUUUUUCGUUAUAGAAUAUGUGAAUGGGGGAGACUUAAUGUUCCAUAUGCAACGGCAGCGGAAACUUCCUGAAGAACAUGCCAGAUUUUAUUCUGCUGAAAUUAGCUUGGCAUUAAAUUAUCUUCAUGAACGGGGAAUCAUUUAUAGAGAUCUUAAAUUGGACAACGUGCUUCUGGAUUCAGAGGGACACAUUAAACUUACUGACUAUGGCAUGUGUAAGGAAGGCCUACGACCUGGCGAUACAACUAGCACCUUCUGUGGUACUCCUAACUAUAUAGCUCCAGAAAUUUUACGAGGGGAAGAUUAUGGUUUCAGUGUGGACUGGUGGGCACUAGGAGUACUAAUGUUUGAGAUGAUGGCUGGACGAUCUCCUUUUGAUAUUGUUGGUAGUUCAGACAAUCCUGAUCAGAACACUGAGGACUAUCUCUUUCAGGUGAUCUUGGAAAAACAAAUACGAAUCCCACGAUCUUUGUCUGUGAAAGCUGCUAGUGUUUUAAAAGGAUUUCUAAACAAGGAUCCUAAAGAACGUCUAGGUUGUCAUCCUCAGACUGGUUUUGCUGACAUCAUGGGUCAUGCAUUCUUCCGAAAUGUAGACUGGGACCUUUUGGAGCAAAAGCAAGUUGUUCCUCCAUUCAAGCCAAAUAUUUCUGGAGAGUAUGGAUUGGAUAACUUUGAUGCACAGUUUACUAAUGAACCAAUACAACUUACCCCUGAUGAUGAUGACGCUGUGAAAAAGAUUGAUCAGUCAGAAUUUGAAGGUUUUGAAUACAUCAAUCCUCUCCUGAUGUCAGCAGAAGAAUGUGUCUAGCAGAGAAAUGUAUUUCUGCUGCUGUUAUCUCGGCAGGUCUGCAUGAUAAAGAUCCUGUGUGUGACACCAUCUUACUUCAUAUCAUGUCUGAAAAACAUUUUCUUUCAACAAUUGAACAUUUGGAAGAACUCUGGCAAAAUGCAGCAUAGUUCCUCAAAGGUUUCCUUACGCAAUUUGUAUCUGUUGUUUGUUUCGCCCUCAUUUUUUACUGGUAAAAUAGCUUUGAUCUAGUUUUGCAUUACAUAUGUGCUGUGGUCAGCAUUCCAUUCCAUGCAGUAGCCUGUAGAAAUCAAAUACUAAGCUGCUGUUUACUAAGGUCACUCUUAGUUAAAAUCCUUGUAUUGUUUUUAUGGAUAGAGAGGUUGUACUAAGUUCUAGAGAAAUGAUGCAAAUAUGCAAGGAAAUCAGAGUGCAGGUACAUGAAGAAGUGUGCUGUGACUUUCAAGACCAGUGAUGAGUGAAGCAUACACAACAUUUCUGCAGUUUGUGCCAUGAGACCAAUGCUUUGAUGCAGGUACCAUCAUUUCAAAUAUAUUCUCUACCUUAGAUCACAAGGUACACUACUCCUCCUUUUGAUUCAUUAAAAUUAUUUUAAAGUUGGACAAGUUAUUAAUUGUGAGGCUUUUUGCAAAAACUUGAUAAGGCAAUGGAUGUGAUUGAUGCUUUAAAUGUUGCACAUUGGUUUGAGAUUUACCAUUAAGGUUUGUUAUAUAAAAUGAUAUGAAGGUGAAUUUCUUUUUGCAACAGACUACACAUACAGUAUAUUGCAGACUGUUUUUAUUAAUAAUUAAUCCAUUAAAAAUAUUCACAUUCACAAGUAUACACACUAUGAAAAUGUACAGGUAACACCUACCCAAAUAUACCAUCAAAGGAAUUGACCAGUGCAGUCAGAAGUACUGUUCUUCUUGAGGAAAAAAAAAACAGGAUUGCCAUCUAAUUCCCUGCGCUAGUAAUCACUAUAAUUUUAUUCGCAUUAACAUAUUCAGAAUACUUUUUUAUUGGAUGGUCUCUUGCACACCACACCAAAUUAAUUUUGAGAAAAUGAAUCACAAUUUUAAAAUAUUAACUGAUAAUAUAUCAAACAUUUCUCUGAUAUCUCAAACCUAAGAGUCAACAUGUUUUAAAUUUUGCUGAUAUAUUUUUAUUUUCCUGGCUUUUAAUCAGUUGCCUACUUGGAAAACUAUAAGUAGAGUAUCGGAAGUAUCAGGUGUAAAUUUUUUCCUUUUCAAAUAUUAUAUUACUUGGGCAGAUGCACACAGACAGCAGAUCAGAUGUAAACAUUAAAUUCUUAAUUUUACAGUGUUCUUAUAGAGUAAAGGAAGGUGUGAUGCAUUAACGAUUUAGGCGUCAUGCGUGGAUUAUUGUCAAAAAAAGACUAUACUGUAUACAUGCUGAAUGAAAAGGUUCAGUCACACCUACUGUUUUACUAGAUAUGCCCUCCUAAUGGUCUGUGCCCCAUAUAAGGUCAUUGCGCACAAGAAGCUCAGAUGGCAUCAGGUGGUGUGUCGGUAGGAGAGCAUUGCCACUUUAACAUAAAAUUUGCCCAAUAAUAUUAGUUGCUUUUAUUUGUUUUGUAUUUAUUACUGGAAGCCUUAAGUGGCAUCAUUAUCUGCAGAUACAAAAGAACAGAACUGUAUGAGGCAAAAGGCAGCUGGGAUGCUGGGCUUCAUUCUUUGACUUCUUUUGCUCACAAUGUCUUCCUGUUCACUAUAAAAAUGCCCAUAAGAUUUACUCUUCAUAUUGAGGUUUGUGCUUUAGAAUAAGAUGCAAAUAAGUAAUAUAAGAUUUGUUUCUCAAUAAAUGUGUCCUCAAUGUGUGACUGUAUAUGUGUUUAUAAUAUAAAGAUUUGUGGCUAAAUAUGUGCACACAAAAUAUGCAAGUGUUUUCAAUCAUUCCUGAGAACUGAUUUUAUGUAUUCUUAAUUUUAGCUAUAAUUUUAUUUUACAUGAACGUUAAAUAUGGAGCACAAAGUAGAGAAAAAUAAGUCUUUGUUUAUUUACUGCUGUAUUUUAUUUUUUACACUUUUUUAUUGUUGCAUUCAGACACGACUUAUUUUUUUACAAGUGGAGUCAAAUACUGUAACACUACUUAGCAUAUUUUAAUUUUAGGUUGAUUGCAACUUAACAGGUACUUAAACUUUAAUAUACUGUACUGCUGUCAAAGUGGAAAUGUCUGAAUACACUACAUCUUAUCCUGCUUAUUGUGUAUUGUUUCCACCCAAAGACAAUUGUGAUACAUAAUAUUAAUGAGAAAGGAGUGAAUCCUGAAUGAACAUUAAUUUUAUGUCACAGCAUUGCAUUUUGUUCAGAGGGUCAAUCAGUAGAAACGAAAAUAAAACAAUAAGGCAACCUUGACAUGUGGUUGACGCCUUUGUAAACAUUAUUUUCAUAACAACUGCACUUUGAUGCACAAAUAAGCUUUCUUUGUCAAUAAAUUUAAUAAAGUGAUUUAAUGUUUU